GGUCAGAUCUCGAUUGAUGGAUAAGUCGCAGACUGACAGUCUGCAGGGAAGUAUAUAUAUAUAUAUAUACAUAUAUAUAUAUAUAUUUUAAUAUAUAUAAUAUUUUGUUGUUUAUAUAUAUUUAAACAACAAAAUAUUGUUUAUUUUGCAUCAGUUUGACAAUAGCACCAUAAAUAAAGAUGGUGGCUGUAUUCAAGUUUUUAUAUCACCUUGUUUAAACUAAAGCUCUUUUCAUGUCUUGAAAAUAUUUGUAUAAGGAUUUCAAGUCCAUUCAGAGUAGUAGAAACCCUGGUCAUUGUGUAGUGAAAAACCUCCCUGAACAAAAGCAAACAGAUGCUUUUGUUUGCUUUUGUUCAGGGAUUCCUCCAUGUUUGUUGUUGUUGUUAUCAUCCUAGCUGCCACGUGUCUUGUGCAUCAGUGUGAUCAGUGGACCAGGAACUCCUGCACUUACAAAGGUUCCCUGUUGUCUGGAGAGCAAACUGUUCAAUUAAAUUAAGUUACAUUUUUUAACGUUUUUUGUUGGAAUUCAUUUAUCGUAAUUAACUCCUUAAAGUCCCACCGCUAAUAUUUACACACCGAAAUACAUUAGUAGUAGUAGUACUACAUUGAGCUCAGGGUUCAGGGCCGAGGCAGUGAAUGGGCCACAUGCAGCUGUUGGUCUUCACCGUGGUCAGGUCUGGUUGUUCAGGUCUCAAGAGGAGUCUCCUCUUCAGAUGUCAGUGCUUUUCACCAGGUUUGCUGAUCUUGGUCCUGUGAUUUAAGAAGAAAUCCGGACACUUCCCUGGUGUCUUCCACAUGACUUGGCCUGUCAGUGGCCAAAUAAAGAGCAGUGUGUGUUGGCUAGUGUGUGAGGCGGAGAGAGAGAGAGGCAGUGAGACAGGAGAGAUUGAGCGUAUGAAAGAGACAAAAUGACGGAAGACAUGGACUACAUGUUUGUUUCUUCAGGGAUAAAUGGGAUCAUAAGCGGUUGCCAUUCAUCUGUGGUCAUGUGAGCAGGCCUCCCAGACAUCCAGGGACCCCCUGAAAGAAUGCACACCGAAGUUUUUCAAGGCUUUUUAGAGACACACGUGUCCAAUCCUUGAGAAUUCAACAUUUUAUACUCAUAAUUCCACCACUAACCAUUGUCCAUUCCCACUCGCCUUUCACUUCAAGCACAACUGCUGCUUUAAACUAAAAAAAAAACAUUUUUUUAUUGCCUACAAGUCCUGGAUGGAGCAGUGCAGUAAAAGCUCGCCGCUAGUCAUGUGACCAAAAGGGCUGAUGAAUCCACAGCGUUCCCCUGCAGCAGGCACCGCUGCAUCUGCCUCCUCUGCAGCUUUGACCCUUGCAGCUCUGUCACUGACCCUGCAGGGAGAGUGAGUUAUUUCUGUCAGCGUGUGUGUCUUCGUGGGUUUGUGUGUGUGCGCCGCUGGUGAAGAGUUAAUUUGACCCGGCUUGCUCAACAAUGCCAUUGAUUUGUGAGUAUACUUUGUUUGGAAUCAAGGUAGUGACCGUAGGAGGAUUGUUUGUUUACAAGUUUAGUGAAGUUCAGAAUUGUAUUGGUUUUACUUGAGUUUUUAAAGUGCAAGCGGUGCCUGUAGUAGUUCAUAAUUUCUUCUUCAAGUGACCUCUGCAAUCUUCUUUAGCAGUCUUGUCAUACCCUCCUCGCUCACGUCUCCAUUUCUGCCUCAAACAGGAUUUCCACAUUCUUUUUUUGCUCCUUUGUAGUGGAAACAGCAGCAGUGAAUCUUAUUCUUAUUCUGCAGGACGCUUUGUUCCUGAGAUUCCUCUCUAUCAUUUCUUCUUUUGUUCCUGCUGCCAAGCAUUUCCACCUGAACUCCUUCCAGAUGGGCCAAAAAAUCGACAUCCACACAUGCGCACUGUACAUUAGAACACAGGGAGAUCAUCUGAAUACUAGAACUGGCUAGUCAAAAUGUAUGAAAGACCCCCAUCACCUUGAACUUGUGGUUGCCACAGUCUCCAAAUCUUCAAGGUGUUUUUUAUCUCCAGUCUUUUAGUAAAUUCGUUUCUCGGGAGACAAUAAAGAUGAAAACACGGCUGGUGAGAGCCAGUCCAGGAGCAGGCGUGAACAACCUCACCAGACCAUCUUAAUCGUACUACAAUCUCGAGUUUAUGACCAAAUUAUACUCAUAAAAAAAAUAAAAAUUCAGGAUUGAUCUUGGAAAAAAAGAAAAGCUAAUUCACUAUGAUAUUAAUCAUGGGAAAAGAUGAUUUAUUAUGAGAUUAGUCCAAUGAAAAACGAAUUUACUUUGAGAUUAACUGCCUAAAAAAAUAAUUUAUUAUGACAUUAAUCUCAUGAAAAACGAAGUUACCACAAGAUUAGUCGCGAAAAAAACAUAUUAUUACGAGGUUAAUAUGAAAAACUAAUUUACUAUGAGAUUAAUCACAUAAAAACGAAUUUAUUGUGACAAUCUUGUGGAAAAACGAAUUUACUAUGAGAUUAAUCUUGCAAAAAAAAAAAAAAAAAAACCUGAUUCAUCGACACAAUUUAUCUCUAUGCUAUGGACGGAUUUGGAUGAAUUGAUCAGGACAUAUGUGAAAUGGGAUAAGGGAAAAAUGAUGACAUAUUGGGAAUGAUCCGGAUCACUGUCUGGAUCCAGGAAUUGUUUGAAUGCUACGUUGUCAUUCGGAGAUUCUGUUGAGUGUGGACUGAAGGGUCGUGUGUGUACGAUUGGCGGAGGAAUUCUUUAUGGUGGAGUUGCAGUAUCCCAGACAUGGGCUCAGUGCUUUCAUGUAAAACAGCGUGACAGAGAGGGCUGUGUUACUAAGAGCCAGCUCCUGCUGCUUUGUUUUGUGAUUUGAGAUCGGACAGGUGGACUUUGAUCAAAGCGGUCUGGAAUCGUGGGGUUCAUUAUGCCUCAGCUAGUUUCAUCAAACUGCUCGGUUCCCACUGUCCCAGCGGGACGUUUCAAAGGAAAGUGUGAUGUUGAAGAUGCGGCGCACUGAGGGUUGCAUCACAGCCCUCGCCGCAGUCCCCAUCCAGGAUGUGUUCAGGAGGCAACAGUGACAGUCGAGUGUCAAUGCCAAGGCCGAGUCUGACCUUUAAUGACUCUCCUGAACAACAUUGUUGCUGCUCUAGUUCUGAAUUCAUUCGGUGUCCGACCUGUUUCUGCAUGAGUAAUCGCUGUCAGUGUGUUGGGGGAUAUUUCCGUCUACGUGCAGUCGCAAUCUGAGUCCAGUUAGCGCCUGCAGUCCUGAGUAAACUGUCUUUGUUGGUGCUGCGAACGUUCAGUCAGCACCUCAACUACCGUAACUACUGGUCACACUGUCAGGUCCGCUGUUGUUCCUGUAUACUGCUGCAACCUAUUACACUUGUUGUAACUUGCCACAAUAAAAAAUGAAUUUUAUUGAAAUUUCAUUCAAAUCUGGCCAUAAUUCUUCAGGUUUCUUUGAACACAGAUGAGCCACCGCAGUCGAAAACAUAAUUUUCUGGGUGGUGGUUUUGGCUGUAACUGUUAGGGGGGGGAAAUAUUGACGCGCUCAGAUAUUGCGGUACCUGAUUGUACGAUAUUGUAUAUUUUUGCUUAAAUAUCAAUUGAUUGUGAGGUAUAUUCUUGCUAUUUUAAUUCAAAUGUAUUCUUUAUAUUGAUAUUUAAUACAUAUUAUGUACAUAUUAUGAUGAUUAUGAGAGCUGCUUAUUCCCCUGCAGAAUUUAACUGAAGUCACAACAAUUAGCUUGUUUUCAUCCACAUUACAUUGUACAGUACUAUCUGAACUUCACCCUUAAAAUGACAGUUCUCCUUAACAAAUAUUCCAAAAUAUUGCCGAGCUUACAGUAUCACAAUAUAUGGUAUCACCACUCCUGUAUCGCAAUACGUGUGGUAUCGCAAUAUUCCUCCCAAUAUACAGGCCCAGUGACCACGGUAAAGCUUUAAGUGCAACUUAAAAAUAAAUAAACUAAUCUCUAUGUGGAGGAAAAAAUCCUCGCUACUACUAUAAAUAUACUAUAAUAAUCACUGCCACCAAACAGCGGCAACUCGUGCAUGUAUUAUAGCUAGUACAUCCAAUACGUCUACUGCAACAACUCCUACAAAAACCCGCAUAAACUUACAUGGAUUAUCUGAAGUACGAAUGCAGUGCUACAAAGAAGUACUUCAUCAGCAACAACAAGCUCCUCAAAUAUGUGUUUAUUCAACUGUGGUAUUUGUUUAACCCAUCAGCUGAACCAGUCAUUCAUAAAAGGUACUACAUUCCAUGGGAUUAGUGUCACAAUAACAAUCGGCACUGUGGCCGAUCCUUGAAUUUAGCUUGAGAAUCAUCUCUUACCAUCUCAUCUAAAUGUCUAAAAAACCCUAAAGCCAGUGAAGGCAACCCAACCCCGGGUACGAUGAGGCCUCAUUAUCCUGGCGUAUCAUCUGUGGACUUUUUUUUAAAUUUUAUUUUAGGAGUGAUGACAUGCAGGAGCACAGCCAGAUGCAAUAUCUGUGUGCUUGACUGCGUACACACAGGCCUUUACCAGCCCCGGAACGGACACACACACACACACAAAUGCUGGCAUUAUGACGGCGGCUAAUGACGUAGCAUGAGACAGAGCCUGCAGAUGUACCGGCUGAAUAGAUUAAAGCGUUCAUCCAGUGACACAGCUGUGCUGGCUUUGAUGCUGGGGUAUGAAGCUGCAGGAAAUUACGGCAAAAGAGCCAUGUAGGGACACGGCAGAGGGAGAUCCACGUGUUUGCGUCGUGGGAGAUGCUCAUCUGCAGCACGUCGGCUGCUGCAACGCUCUUUGCUUAUGACAUUAUGUAACCACCAAUGAAGUCUUACGUUAACAUUCCGUCAUGUCUGGCCCAGUUUCAGUCAGGGUAAUAUCUGGGUACCAUUAAAUAAUCAGCGAAUUUCACUAUUUCUGUCACUGAGCUGGAGAGCGUAACCCUGCGACUGUCAGGGGAUUGUUGUAUUUCUUUCGGCAGAUGAAUCACACCUGAACAUGAAGGUGACACUGUUGGAGUGAAAGUGAAUUCAUUGGAGUUCAUUGUUGGUUGUCAAUUUUUUCAUCGUCUUGAGUAUAGGUGGCUAGUAUCGACAGCCUUCACGGGUACUGAGUACAUAGAAAAAAGGCUGGUAUCUGUACUAGCCCAUUCCGAGUGUUAAUAAAAACACUAGUUUUCAAUCAUGAGACGUGAAUCUUUCUCCAGUCUGCAGCCGUCCUCACUCGGUCCGUCUCUUUAUAUGUCCGGCUGGAUGCAACUUUCGUUCUGCGAGCAACGCCACGUCCCUCUCGUACUGUUAUCGUGUUUCUUUCUGAAGUCUUCCUUUAAAAACAUUCUGAAAACUACCAUUAUCAAUGGUAGUUUAGAUGUUUCCACUUUGAUCACAUGAGACACAAAGAUCCUUUUUCGGAAGCCGUGGUGACAUUUAGCGGAACCCUGAACUGACAUCACGCAUUAAAGCGAUGAAUGACUUCCAGACAUACUGAAAAUGAUCUGUUAUGAUGAAACCAAUAAAACACGACAAAAUCUCUGUCCAUCCCUUGACAUGAAACGUCAGGAACACAGAAAAACCAAAGGUAAGACCCUGAGCGAAAGAGCCGGCCGACGAUGCCUGCUCUCCGUUCCAAUUCAGAUGAGUUGAUGAUUCAGAGAGAUGAAGGAAGUUGUUUCUAAAGGGAAAGCCUCGGCUGGAUCAUCAUGGUGUACAAAUCCAUGCUGAGGGAGCGGAAGUGAAACGCACGUCUGCUUAAAGCGUCUUCAGAUAAUGAAGUCGCCCAAAGAGACGCGGAAGAACAAAUGAAUGCAAAUGGGAUCAAGCAAAUGAGAUAAGGUCGACAGGAAAAUGCCGGUUUGUCAGGGUUUUCCAGCAUGUUUGGGAAGAAGAAGAAACGGCUGGAGAUCUCAGCACCGUCUAACUUUGAGCACCGGGUCCACACGGGUUUCGACCCUCGGGAGCAGAAGUUCACCGGGCUGCCACAGCAAUGGCAGAGCCUCCUGGCCGACACCGCCAACCGACCCAAGCCCAUGGUGGACCCUUCCUACAUCACCCCCAUCCAGCUGGCACCAAUGAAGAUAUCUCCCAAGACAGUCCGGUCAGCUGAAACGCCGUUACCCAAAACGAUUGUCCGAGGGAACCGACCACCCAAAGACGUGUCCAUCAACGGCUUGCUAGAAGAGUUCGACAACAUCUCAGUGACUCGCUCCAACUCUUUGAGAAAAGAGAGUCCACCAGGGGCUCACCAAUCUGGAACAGGCAUCAAACCCUCCAUCGGUGGUCACCCCACGGUCCCAGAGGAGAAUGGAUUCAGCCAUUACUAUUCCCGCUACUCCUGUGACCUGGAUUCAUCCAGCAGAGACUUCUCACUGGAUCCAGGGAAGCCGGGCUUUUCCAUGGACGGGGAGUGGGGAAUGGGGAGACACUAUCGAUUCACAAAGCAGAACGGACAUUCACACCCCAUACGCAGCCACUUCUACCCGGAUGCCAUGCCCCAAAAAUCAGACUACGGUAAACUCCCUCCGGAUUACCACACCUACCUGGAGAGCAAGGGGCGGUCAGCCGAUGAGGUGGCCUCCACUGUGGGGAGCGGGGUGGGCUCUAGUGGAUACUAUCGGGCAUCUGUGGGGGGCUCGUCGAGCCAGGACUACCGGGACACUUCUGUAGGAACACCGUCUCGUGCGUCGCUACACAGCGAGCAGAUCAACUACCCGGACAGCGAGUGGAGCUACGGAGGCAUGAGAGACGAAUAUGACAAGCGGCCCAAAAGUUCCUACGUAACACAAACCAGCCCCACUCCGGCCAUCAGGCAGAGAUCGAGGUCGGGCUCUGGGCUGCAGGAGCCAAACGUUCCGUACACAGCCAGUGGGGCUUUUAAGAACCCGGCGCAGGCUCAUCCUUACAGCUCGUACACGUACCCGCGACUAUCGGAAAGUCUGGCGAACUCGCAGACGCUGCCCAAGGGGGAGUACGAGCGCUCCUCACGUGAUGGAAGCCCCCAGGUUUCAGGAGGAGACACGUACCCCAGAGGGCCUCUCAAGCUACCUCAGAGUCACGGCAAGCCGCCUGGUUACCCCCCAGUGCACCUGCCGUACCCCCCAGUCUUUCACCACUACAAGCCGUCUCCAUACCAUCACCCCCCCUCGCAGCCCAGCCCACCCUACACCCCUCAGGGGGCCUACUCGCAGCCUUCGUCCCCUUACAUCCCCCCGGGGGCUUACCCGCCUCCCUCCUGGGGGUCCAACUCUGACACGCAGCCCUCCAGAGUUUCUCACGAACAGUUCAGGGCGGCACUUCAGCUCGUGGUCAACCCAGGGGACCCUCGGGAGUACCUGGACAGCUUCAUCAAGAUCGGCGAGGGCUCCACGGGGAUCGUCUGCAUCGCCAGCGAGAAACACAGCGGCAAGCAGGUGGCGGUGAAGAAGAUGGACCUGAGGAAACAGCAGAGGAGGGAGCUGCUCUUCAAUGAGGUGGUGAUCAUGAGGGACUACCAUCACGAAAACGUGGUGGACAUGUACAACAGCUACCUGGUUGGAGACGAGCUGUGGGUGGUGAUGGAGUUCCUGGAGGGAGGGGCGCUGACGGACAUCGUGACUCACACGAGGAUGAACGAGGAGCAGAUCGCCACCGUGUGCUUGUCAGUGCUGAGAGCUCUGUCCUACCUGCACACGCAGGGCGUCAUCCACCGGGACAUCAAGAGCGACUCCAUCCUGCUGACCAGCGACGGCAGGAUCAAGCUGUCAGACUUUGGCUUCUGCGCCCAAGUGUCCAAAGAGGUGCCAAAGAGGAAGUCCCUGGUGGGCACGCCGUACUGGAUGGCGCCGGAGGUCAUUUCUCGACUGCCUUACGGCACAGAGGUGGACAUUUGGUCUCUGGGCAUCAUGGUGAUCGAGAUGGUGGACGGGGAGCCCCCCUACUUUAAUGAGCCUCCGCUGCAGGCCAUGAGGAGGAUACGAGACAACCUGCCGCCUCGGUUAAAAGAGUCGCACAAGGUGUCCACGGUGCUGCGCUCCUUCCUGGACCUGAUGCUGGUGAGGGAACCAUCUCAGAGGGCCACGGCGCAGGAGCUACUUCAGCACCCCUUCCUCAAACUUUCCGGACCCCCGUCCUGCAUCGUCCCCCUCAUGAGACACUACCGCCACCGCUGACCCCCACGUCCCCCUUCACCUCUCCCUGUAACACUGUAACUCACUUCCAGGGUGGCACGGCCCUCCCCCACCCGCCCCGCGGUGCAGCACUCACACCUGUAACUGUGAUGUAGGCUAGCUAAGGGAACAUCAACCUUUGAAAACACACUACAGAGAAAAGAACUGUCCCGAUAUUUGGAAAAAAAAACAAAAAAAACGUGGGGCGUCCAGUAGAAUCGUCUGGUCUCCAGCUCCACAUAGACUUGUAGUAGCCAUCAGCUUCAGCGCGGCAGCGGCGGGAGGCCGCUUGGCUUUAGAAGACGCUGUGGCGACGUCGCAGCGGCGUCGCUUCACCAGCAGGGCGGCGAGACGAGCUAUCAGUCUUUUCACACGCAAACAGUGAAAAUGUAUUUUAGACAAACUUGUAAGUUUUUUCUGUACAGUUUUGAUAAUUUGCAGUAUUUUAUCGUGUCGUAACCAUUGUGAUAUGAGCAGUAUUACAUAGAAAUCUUUCCUACUGUUUAUAAUCCAGUUUUUGCUUAAAGAUAUAAAAAAUCUAUCCCAAAUAAACCCACCUAUCUGUUACUUUAAAAAAAAUAUAUUUAUUAUCUUUGUAGACAGAAACUUCCAUUAAAUGUUGGGAAAUAUGUCCGAAUUUUGUAUGCUGUUUUAAAGUAUUUAUUUAUUUAUCGAAGGUUUAUUUAUUUGGUAGUGUGGCCUUUCUUUUUGUUUUGGAGUCGUGAUCGAAGCAAUAGGCCAAAAUUAUUUAUGAAUCAUAAUAACGCCAUGUAGCACAGGAGUCGUUCAUCACUUUUGUAUUUCAAAAGCGCCUCCGAGAUCAGAUCAAAAGUUUUCUACUCACUUGUCACCGUUGUCAUGGACUCACGCGCUCACUGCCAUUCUCCAUCAGCUGGGAGCGACGGCGAUCCUCCCAGCCUCAUUCUAUUUUUCUUUUCUUACCCACGAUUCACUGUGAUCUGUAAAUAUGUGUGUGAAUGAGAGGGCCACACCUGAAUGUGUGUGUUCCUCAUGAGUGUGUGUCGGUGGUGUACAGUGACCCUGCAUGUUUGCUUUCAAUUAAAAACAACAACAUCCAUGAAAACAAUCCGCCGCAUGUUUUCUUUUCUCACCUCAUCGCCUCUCGUCCUCACGGUUCUGUUGCCAUGUUUCGCUGACUUCAUUGCUCCUCCUCGGGACACAAAGAGGCGUCGUCGUCGUGGCGAUAGAUGAGGCCAUUCCUCCCUUUCCUCUGACUGUGAUGGGAUAUUGAUUUGGACCGAGAGCCGAGCUUCCUGCUCUCCAACGACCGUCGGAUGAAUAAAAGUCCAGCGGCAGGUGUAGACUGCGGCACGUCAGAGACAAGACUGCGAUGUCACCAAUGUUGCAAACACAAGUGGAAAAGUUCUGCUGUAAUAAAGUUUAUAAUAAAGAUUAAAUAUGCAACUAUUUCUGGCCAUCAUCCAUGUAGAAGUCAGUACUGCUUAAAAAAGACAUGCUAAGAAAUAGCUUUCUUAAACAGCAGCGCCAUCUUGGUUAGCAUCUUAGCGUUUAGCAUGUUUAGCUGACGCUCUUGAACCUCUCUGAAAUGGUGAACAGUGAUACAAUAUGAACUUAUAUUAUACAGAAAUCAAAAACUCUUUUAGCAUUUGUGACAUAGUAUAACACAAUGUCCAUGUUAAUAUAUGUAUUUCCAUUACCCGGUUCUCCAUAUUGAGCCAGGAACUUUUGUUUUAAUAUAUGUAUUUUGAAAGAAAGGUGCUGUAUAUUUAAUAUAUAACACAAACAAACAGCUUCAAACACAUUACAGCGACUGGAAAUGUACUAUUUUAAGUGAUAAAGACAUAUUCUAUUAUUCUUAUAAUAAUACUAACAAUCGUAAUAAUGAUACAUUAUUAUGUGGUAACAACUUACAUUUUAAUCAUCAAUUUGUUGGGACCUAUACUGUAAUAAUCAAAGUGUGUGUGUGUGUGUGUUCUUGUGCUUCCAAGUACCGGGAUGACAUUUUUUGGAAGUGAAGACAUUUGCCAGGUCCUCACUUCUUCACCCCUCAAUUCUAGAAUUAAAUUUCCAAAUCUCUUGGUGGUUAUAACACUAUGUAAGCUUGGUUCAGGGCAAUGGUUCAGUUUGCACAGAUGUUUUGGAUGGUUAGAGGGAGAGGCUGGGGAAAGCCGUAUGUUGGUGCACGUCCUCACGAAGACACAAGUACAAAUGUGUGUGUGUCUGAGUCCAGCUCUAACCUUUGAGGAGGAAGCCUGGGGUGCGCCGUAUUCUGGAUCACCGACGAUGAGCUCUGGGACGGUGACAGGAUGAAGCCAUGAUUGAUGGUUUGGUAUCUAAGUCUUUCCUUGAAGAUUCCCAGGAUGAGCUGUACACAGAGUGACCUCCUCCACCGACAGUGACUGAGUGCUCUUCACAUUCUAGGAAAACAUUAAAACUGUUGCAGCUUUUCAGUCACAAGUAAAGGCAUUUGAGCGGUUCCAGUUAG